AUGGCUCGCAACCAACUCCAUGUGUCGUCUGUACCUGCUGCCCUCCCCUGUCGCGAGGAGGAGUUCUCCACUGUUUACAGCCAUCUGGAGGCUGCCAUCACUGAAGGCUCAGGUUCCUGCAUCUACAUCUCGGGCACUCCGGGCACCGGCAAAACGGCAACGGUGCGGGAGGUGGUGGCUCAACUGCAGGCCUCGGUGCAGGCUGAGGAGCUCGAUGACUUCAUCUUUGUUGAAAUCAAUGGAAUGAAGGUCACAGACCCGCAUCAGUCCUACUCGCUGCUAUGGCAGGCGCUGCGCGGCGACCGCCUGAGUCCCUCGCAUGCCUUGGAGCUGCUGGAGCGCGAAUUUUCCACCCCAAGCCCGCGCCGUGUCCCAUGCGUCGUCUUGAUGGACGAGCUUGACCAGCUUGUGACGAAGAACCAAUCCGUCAUGUACAACUUCUUCAACUGGCCCGGGCUGCGACACAGCAGGCUAAUUGUGCUCGCUGUAGCCAACACCAUGGAUCUGCCGGAGCGGACAUUGAGCAAUAAGAUUAGCAGCCGGCUCGGCCUGACGCGAAUCACGUUCCCUGGCUACACGUACGACCAGUUGAUGCAGAUUAUCCAGUCUCGACUUGAAGGCGUCCCUGGCAAUAUUGUGCACCCAGACGCAGUGCAGUUUGCAGCCCGCAAAGUGGCAGCUGUUAGCGGCGAUGCUCGACGCGCGUUAGACAUUUGUCGAAGAGCGGUGGAACUCGCCGAAACCGAGGCCGAAAUCAAAUCACAGGACCGAGACGAUGAAGCGCAGCCCGCUACCCCAAGUAGGACCGGUAGGAGUAACAAAGAUAGCUCGAUGCAAUCCUCGCGAUCAAUCAAAAGUACCGGAGAGUCGGACGGUCGGAUGGGUCAGGCGGGACUUGUUGCUUGGCGCAAAGGCGUUGUCACUAUGGCGACGAUCAAACAGGCAAUCAACGAAGCCACUAGCAGCCCGCUGCAACAGGCAUUGCGGGCUCUACCGCUGGCCUCCAAAGUGUUCCUGUCGGCGCUCUUGGCACGGCUCCGUCGCUCGGGCAUAGGCGAAGCGGUGCUAGGAGACGUUAUCGAUGAAGCCAAACGUUUGGGCCUCAUGAGUCAACUACAGCCUGUUCAUGAGUACCUACUGGCGCCGGAAAAAGACGAUAGAAGCAAUGUUCCCAACAGCGCCGUCAUGCAGCCUUUGACGCCGUCGAAGCACCGCGAUGCUGCGGCCAUGGGCUCGAAACAGUCGGACCUCAAGGUAGCAAGAGCGCUGGGCCUCGCGCAUGCAGCCGCUGAGCUCGCAGAGGCUGGCAUAAUAGGUGUAGAGGCCCGACACGGUGAGCGUGUCGGUCGUGUGCGGCUAGGUGUUGGUGAGGAUGAAGUGCGGCUGGCGCUAGGAGACGACGAGUCUGUCCACGGCUUGGGGCUCGGUGCAUGAAGCGCUUUCGAACCUCACCGCCAACCCCCCCUUUGGCUUUGCCGCGACCUGACUCCGAAACAGUAUCCUGUACCUACAGACCCUUUGGCAGUC